AUGUCUGUUGCUAUCCCUGCAUACCUGGCGUGUCGCCUCAACCUCAUCACCGUCGUUGCUGCAGCAAAUGCCUCCAGGAGGCCGAUUGUGGUGCUGGAUCUCGGGGUGGUAUGA